AUGGCUUCGCGUCCUCUUUGUAGCCAGCCGGCUUCUUCCUUCGAUGGCUGCCUGUUGCUUCAGGCCCUCAACGAAGCUCUGGGGAGACUCAGUGCUGCUGCUUUCGUGAGGAGAGAAACCGCGCAGAAGAUCCUUACCAUAGCCAAGCAGGAGCUGCUGCGGCUGGUGCUGCAGCGCAGCAGCAGUUUGCCGUCGCUGGUGAUUGUGUCUCACCUUGAGGUGUACAGACACUGCAACAUCGGAGCAGCAGCAGCAGCAGCAGAAUGGUCGGAUAACACUUGGCUGUUCGUGCUGCGGGAUCCUCUUAUUGGGGUGCUGCCCAGCAGCAGCGGCAGCAGCAGCAGCAGCGGAGCCGCAACAGCGCAGAGAAGCAGAAGCAUGCAGCUGCAGGCCGAGCAGCUGUUGCAGGAGCUGAAGCGGCAGCAGCUGCAGCACGAGCAGGGGCAGCAGCAGCAGCUGCUGCUGGAUGCAGAAGAUGAGCCUCCUG